GCUGCCUCUCUUAUCAGCUCAUACUAACAUCGGCUAGCACAUUGGAAGACACCACCAUGACUGCACUGCGAUACCUCAACGCAAAGCUAGCUCAGCAAAUCGACGAAGAGCUCAUGAGCGCCGCCCGGGCGUUCAGCCUCGAUCAGCUUAUGGAGCUUGCUGGUCUCGCAUGCGCACAAGCAUUAGCCACAGCGUACACCAGGGAGAAGCACCCUCGUGUUCUUGUAUGCUGCGGGCCUGGAAACCAAGGUGGAGACGGGCUAGUAGCUGCUCGUCACUUGGGCAUGUUUGGAUACAAGCCCACCAUUUGGUACCCGAAGCCUGGAUCCAAAGACAUCUACAAGCGCCUCCAACAACAAUGCACAAACAUGAAGAUCCCGACGCUCGACAACACCCCCGACAACCAGUCCCUCCGCACCGCGCUCGCCUCCUCCGACGUCAUCCUCGACGCGAUCUUCGGCUUCUCCUUCCAGCCACCCGUGCGCGCCCCCUUCGACGCCGCCCUCCCGCUCAUCGCGCAGUCCGGGCUGCCCAUCGUCUCCGUCGACAUCCCCUCCGGGUGGAACGUCGAGCGGGGGAACGUCGAUGGCGUGGGCCUGAACCCGGACGUGCUCGUGAGCCUGACGGCGCCGAAGGAGGGCGUGAGGGAGUUUGCGGGGCGGCACUUCCUUGGGGGUCGUUUCGUGCCAAAGUCGCUGGAGGAGAAGUUCGCGCUGAACCUGCCCGAGUACCCGGGCUUUGCGCAGAUCGUGGAGCUGCCUAGGGUGAACGAGUCUUCUGAUGCGCAGAAGCUGUGAAUGUUUUUGAAGAAGGGAGCUGUUGUAUCAAUCAUCAAACAGGACAACCAGAAUGUGUACCACGUUUUCUGC